GGUAGGGAAGACGUCUCUGAUGAACCAGUAUGUAAAUAAGAGGUUCAGUAACCAAUACAAGGCCACUAUAGGAGCUGACUUCCUCACCAAGGAGGUGAUGGUGGAUGACAGGCUGGUUACCAUGCAGGUUGGUCUUGUGUGUGUGUGCUACUAUAUUAUUAGCCUAGUCAUGAGUGCUUACCUCUGCCAGAUAUGUCAUAGUGUGUUUGAAUCAGAGAUUGGUCAAAUUUCAUCCUGUGAUUAAUGAGUCAUAUAGUUUUAUUCUCGUUCUCUCUUUUUGACCUCUUACGCAUCUCUCCCUUCAUCCCCCCCCCCCCCCCCCCCCCCCCCCCCAUGUUGCAAGGCACAUUUCUGUGAAAACAGACAAUACAAUGCUAUCUUAUCUAUCGUAUCUUACUCUCUCAUUCCCCCCUCGCUCUUUCCCUACUCAUUCCGACCCUCUCGUUCCCUCUCUCUUCCUCUAAGUGUAAUCACAUUUUGAAAACGAUACAACAAAGUACUAAAAUGCCAAACAUAGUAAUAAACAUAUCUCUCCUGACAGAUCUGGGACACGGCGGGGCAGGAGCGGUUCCAAUCUCUGGGUGUGGCGUUCUACCGUGGGGCUGACUGCUGCGUGCUGGUCUAUGAUGUCACAGCGCCCAACACCUUCAAGACGCUGGACAGCUGGAGGGACGAGUUCCUGAUCCAGGCCAGCCCCAGAGACCCAGAUAACUUCCCCUUUGUGGUGCUAGGCAACAAGAUUGACCUUGAGAACAGACAGGUAGGUAGGUGUGUCCGUCCGUCCAUUGGAGAGCCAGAACAGUCAGGUGGUGGAGCGUAGGCAGUACAGUCAGACCUUAUCAAAUGUUUGUUGUGGCUACAGAGAUGGUUCCAUUUAUGAGGAAGUGUGUAUGACACAGUGGUGUUAAUGAUAUCAUGGUGUGUUACUGUUAUGUUGUCUAGGUGACGACAAAGCGUGCCCAGGCCUGGUGUGCCAGUAAGAACAACAUCCCCUACUUUGAGACCAGUGCCAAAGAGGCCAUCAACGUAGAGCAAGCAUUCCAGACCAUCGCCCGCAACGCCCUCAAACAGGUACACACACACACAAAAUAUUGCCUCAAGCAGCCACAGGGAACACCUGUCCAAAUAUGCCCUCCUUACACACUGGUAGGCAGAGCACAUGUUUAGAACCCCCCCCCACCCCCACCCCCUCUCUCUCCUUGGCUGGGAAACACCUGUUAGACUGGUUCACUGAGGCUGCUCUGGAACUCAUGUCAUUGUCAAACUCUGCAAAUGUACCUACUCUAAGAGUAUGUAUUAGGCUGUUUUUAGAGAAGGUUUGAAUCCUAAUCAACCCAUCCAAUGUGACUAUAUCUGUUUUAAGUACAGCAGAUCCUAUCGGUCUCACCAAAAUGAGGAAGAUUGUUUUUCUUUACAAUUCUUCUACUUGCUGUUUUUGCACACUGUCUGUCUGUGUGUGUGUAGGAGUCUGAGGUGGAGACAUAUGACUUCCCAGACCAGAUCAAACUGAGAGACGACCAGCCCUCCUCCAGCGAUGGCUGCUCCUGC